AUGGGAUAUGAUCUCAAACGCGGUGGGUCGGCCGUUGGGGUCGACGCAGAUCAUCUUGCGCACGAGGUCGGUCAGAUUAUCGUCCCUCCUGAAUAUCACUCCUCUAUACAGUUGCUUCUCCACCGCCCUAGCGUACUGCACGUAAUCCAUGUGCUCGUCCGGCGCUACGCCUGUGACGAGGAAUGCCAGUAUUGCCCCCACCGACCACACGUCGCUUUUGUGGGUGACUUGGCCAUCCCUGGCCUCGGGAGCGACAUGGAUCAUUGUGAGCGCCGAUCCUCCCACCACGGUGUCGAGCAACCCCUUGAGGCCCGUGUCCCGGAUUCUGACCUGGUUGUAUUCGUUGUCUUGCAUCAUGAUCUUGUCGAUUGUUAUCGACCCGUGCACGAGGUUGUUGCAGUGCAGAUACAGCAACGCCUCGAUGACCUGGGACAUUACGACCUGAACGAACCCCGUCGUGUACUCCCUCUCGCCCUUGUUGCUGAUGUGAUGCAGUAG